AUGUCCAUCACCAAAGCCGCCGUUCCCGUGGCCGCGCACGGUGGUUACGACCGCCGGCGAGAGCUACUACAGGCAUUCGAUGACACCAAGGCCGGCGUCAAGGGCCUCGUCGACUCCGGCACCAAAUCAAUCCCGUCCAUCUUCCACCACCCACAGGAUUCCCUAGCGGCGAUCACAUCCUCCACCACUGCAGAUGAAGCGGCGGCAACGAUUCCGGUGAUCGACCUCGCGGCUGCCCGGCGGGAGGAGGUGGUCGCCCUGGUGAGGGCGGCAGCCGAGACGGCCGGGUUCUUCCAGGUGGUCAACCACGGCGUGCCGGGCGAGGCCAUGGCCGCCAUGGUCGCGGCCGUGAGGCACUUCAACGAGGGCACCGUGGAGGCCAAGAGGCCGUAUUACACGAGGGACACCACCCGCAAGAUGCGGUUCUACUCCAACCUCGACCUCUUCCAGUCGCCGGCGGCCAGCUGGCGUGACACCGUCUUCCUCGACAUGGCGCCGGAGCCGCCGCAGCCGGAGGAGCUGCCGGAAGCCCUCAGGCACUACGUUGGUGCGGUGAGGAAGCUUGCGGUGUGGGUGUUCGAGCUGCUGUCGGAGUCGCUGGGGCUGGCCAGCGACCACCUCGCCGAGAUGGGCUGCGGGGAGAGCCUCAAGGUGGCGUGUAACUACUACCCGCCGUGCCCGGAGCCGCACCUCACCCUCGGCAACACCAAGCACACGGACCCGACUUUCCUCACCGUCCUCCUGCAGGACGCCGUGGGCGGCCUGCAGCUUGUCAGCAAUGGGCGGUUCAGGAGCGUGGAGCACCGAGUUCUGGCGAACCAGAGCGCUGACACGGCAAGGGUCUCCGUGGCGGCUUUCGUUGACGUGGGAAGAUCCAUGAGGCAGUAUGGCCCCAUCCAAGAGCUCACGUCGCCGGACGGUGGCAACCCCCCGAUCUACAGGAGCGUCACGGUUGAAGAGUUCAUCGUGCACUUUUACAGGAAAGGCAGCGAGCAGAAUCGCCCUAGACUCGAUUACUUCAAGCUGGAGUAG